AUGGAGGAGGUGAUGAAAGAGGUGAUGGAGGAAGUGCUGGAGGAGGUGAUGGAGGAGGUGAUGAAGGAGGUGAUGGAGGAGGUGAUGGAGGAAGUGCUGGAGGAGGUGAUGGAGGAGGUGAUGGAGGAGGUGAUGGAGGAGGUGAUGGAGGAGGUGAUGGAGGAGGUGAUGGAGGAAGUGCUGGAGGAGGUGAUGGAGGAGGUGAUGGAGGAAGUGAUGGAGGAAGUGCUGGAGGAGGUGAUGGAGGAGGUGAUAAAGGAGGGGCUGGAGGAGGUGAUGGAGGAGGUGAUGGAGGAGGUGAUGGAGGAGGUGAUGGAGGAUGUGAUGGAGGAGGUGAUGGAGGAGGUGAUGGAGGAAGUGCUGGAGGAGGUGGUGGAGGAGGUGAUGAAGGGAGGUGGUGAGUAG